AGCGGAGCUGCUUUCUAAUGAAUGAGCAGGAGCAGGGCUGUGUGGGUCUGUGUCUCUGUGGCUAACUGUGGUUAGCAUUAGCAGCGAGGCUGAGCUGCGAGAGGGUCCGGCCUCGCUGUUCUAAAACAGCCAUGCGUCUGACUCCGGCACUGUCAGUGUAAACCGGCUCCUGAAGCGGAGAGAAGCCGUCCGUCCUCUCGGGCCGCGGCGCUCCGGUCCUCCCGCUGUAGCUCUGCUGGUUUUCAGGUGAAAAUGAAGUUGAUCCGCGGUUCUUCUGCCCAGCGGCGCGCGAGCUCAGCCCAUGGAUAUCGCUUCCUCCUUUCGCUUUCAGACAUCAGCCCAGCCGAUGCACCACUUCCCCUCGAUGCGUUCCCAUUUUAUGGAUUCUGAUAUGGACUAUGAGAGGCCAAAUGUCGAGACCAUCAAGUGUGUGGUUGUCGGAGACAACGCAGUGGGGAAGACCCGGCUCAUCUGUGCCCGGGCCUGCAAUGCCACCCUAACCCAGUAUCAGCUAUUGGCCACACAUGUGCCCACGGUCUGGGCCAUAGACCAGUACAGAGUGUGCCAAGAGGUUCUAGAGCGUUCUCGGGAUGUGGUGGAUGACGUCAGUGUGUCUUUACGACUCUGGGACACUUUCGGAGACCAUCACAAGGACCGACGCUUUGCUUACGGCAGGUCUGAUGUAGUGGUGCUCUGCUUCUCCAUCGCAAACCCAAACUCUCUGCAUCAUGUGCGGACCAUGUGGUACCCUGAAAUUAAGCACUUCUGCCCCAGAGCCCCAGUCAUCCUGGUGGGCUGCCAGCUGGAUCUUAGAUAUGCUGAUCUUGAGGCGGUCAACAGGGCCCGUCGCCCGCUGGCCAGACCUAUAAAAUCCAACGAGAUCCUGCCUCCAGAGAAGGGUCGUGAAGUGGCCAAAGAGCUUGGUGUCCCGUAUUAUGAGACCAGCGUGGUUGCUCAGUUCGGAGUCAAAGACGUUUUUGACAACGCCAUUCGCGCUGCCCUCAUUUCCCGGCGCCACCUGCAGUUCUGGAAGUCCCACUUGCGGAAUGUGCAGAGGCCUCUCCUCCAGGCCCCUUUCCUCCCUCCUAAACCGCCUCCUCCUAUCAUUACAGUACCUGCACCUCCCAGCAGCAUCGAGGAGCAUCCUGGUCGGCUGCUGGAGGAUCCACUGUGCGCUGAUGUUAUCCUCGUCCUGCAGGAGCAGCAUCGUAUUUUCGCCCACCGCAUCUACCUGGCCACGGCUUCCUCCAAGUUUUACGACCUUUUCCUGGCCGAGCGACGCGCUCCUGAAGACACUAAGAAAGAAAAAGAGCGUCCACGGCCUCCGCUUUCUGGACGGGAGCUGCUGAUGCGGGCUGCCAGCUUUGACGUUUGCGAGAGCAUAGAUGAAAGAGACCGGGCGAACCUUCGGGCUUGCACUAGCGACGGAACCCUUAAAGGAGGUGAAGGAGGAGGCCGACUGCUCCCCGCCUUUAGCCGGGCCUUCGUUAGUAUCCAGGAGGAAAUGGUAGAUGACCCGGUCACCUUUAGCUCCAGGCAGAUGACUGUGAUCCACAUGGACCCCUCAAUGCAGCCGGGGCCGUUCAGGGCCGUGCUGCGGUACUUGUACACGGGGAAGCUGGACGAGCGGGAGAAGGAGCUGAUGCAGGUGGCUCACAUUGCGGAGCUGCUGGAGGUGUUUGAUCUGCGCAUGAUGGUGGCCAACAUUCUGAACGAUGAGGCCUUCAUGAACCAGGAGAUCACCAAGGCCUUCCAUGUGAGACGCACCAACCGGGUCAAGGAGUGCUUGGCCAAAGGAACCUUCUCUGAUGUGGUGUUCAAGCUGGAUGAUGGAACAAUAAUGGCCCAUAAGCCUCUGCUCAUCUCAAGCUGCGACUGGAUGGCAGCCAUGUUUGGAGGACCCUUUGUAGAGAGUUGUACUAAAGAGGUAUUGUUUCCGAACACCACGCGUAGCUGUAUGCGUGCAGUGCUGGAGUAUCUCUACACAGGUCGCUUCUGUUCUCGUCCGGACCUGGAUGCUAUGGAGCUCAUUGUCCUCGCUAACCGUCUCUGUCUGCCUCACCUCGUCGCUCUGACAGAGCUGUACACUGUGACCGUGCUUAUGGAGGCUGCUAUGAUGGGAGCUGAUAUAGAUGGAGAUGUACUGGUGUAUCUGGAAAUGGCUCAGUUUCAUGGCGCCCAUCAGCUGGCUGGAUGGUGCCUCCACCACAUCUGCACCAAUUACAAUAGCGUCUGCCGCAAGUUCCCACGUGACAUGAAAGCCAAGUCCACAGAAAACCAGGAAUACUUUGAAAAGCAUCGCUGGCCUCCGGUGUGGUACCUGAAAGAAGACGAUCACUACCAGCGAGCCCGCAAGGAGAGGGAGAAGGAGGACUACCUGUACCAGAAACGGCAGUGUAAGCGCAAGUGGCUCUUCUGGAACCUUCCAUCUUCACCUUCUUCCAACUCCCCUUCCUCUCCUGGCUCCUCGGCCAUCAUGUGAUUGACAGCUGAAGCUUUGUGGCGCUGGUCUGAGAUGGAAUGUAAGUGCACACCUCAGCAGUGGCGGCCAAUUCGGCUCUAAUAGACACUCCCUUCUGUCCAUCGUCCGGACGUACACUGAGCAGGAAUCGCUGGACAGGAAACCGAGGAACCAGAGAGGCUUUUUAUGAUUUGCGCUUACACCCUACAGGUACAGUUCACACUUGAAGCUUUGAUUCCUCUCCAGUUUAAAGUGCAAAGAGCUCCUCAAAGCUGCGGAGCUGUGCUUGUGGAACAGACUCAGCAGAUGAAAAGUGCUAAAAGACAAUUAAUAAACUGCUUACAAAGAGCUUUUCAGCUAUGACAAAACACGACAGCUAAGAACUAUUAAGCAAGAUGUUCUACACAAAACCUCAGUUUUGAGUCUACAUGGAUAGAAGAGCAUUUUUUCCUUCUUUUUUGUUUGCUCUGCCAUCAGAUAUGAUAAUGGUCAGGCACUGCAUGUAGGGAGGAGCAUGCAGAUAUUAGCUGCAGCAGAAUGUUACAUUAGGCAAACUUGGUCCAAACUAUCGGGUGACACAAAUGAAUUAUCUGGAAUCAAAUUAUGUUUUUUUUUUUGUUUUGUUUUUUUUCCUUUCUCGUUCUUCCUGAUAUUGUGGAAACAUAAUGCUGAAUGUUAAAUGUGCCCGGCUGACCCUGGCAGUGAGUUUGAAACAAAUUUGAUUCUCCUGCUCACUGUGGCCUGGGUUAUUUUUGUGUGUUUUUUGUUUUCUGCUGACCUUUUAAAAGAAAAGGGCUCUCGUUUUCUCAUUAUAAUUGGACCCUCUCUCACAUGUUCACUGGACAAGUGUAAAUUGGACGUCGAGAGGAUAAUGGAAUUGCACACAAACCGUUGUUUGACAUUAUUCAGCAGCAAUAGUCAAGUGCAUGCCAGCACUCCUCAACACUCAACCUACUCACCAUAUUGAAAACAAACAGCUCUAAUCACUGCAAAAUCGGCCCCAAGUUAACGGUAUCACUUUUUUUUUUUCUGAGUCUUUAAAUGGCAUGGCUCAAUGCCCAGAGAUUCUGUGUAGCCAGGAUGUGGUCAGACACUGCAGUCCGGACCAAAGUAAAUUCUUGAUUGCUUCGUUUUAAGGGUGCCCAACUCUGCUCUUUUAAUAGUAUGAUGGUUUUUGGGUGGGUUCUGCUUACUUAAAAUUUAAAAUGUUUUCUUUGCAUAUGCAAGUACAUUUGAAAGCAGGCAGACGUGACCAGAAUGUAGAAUCUCUAAAUGUUUUUAAAGGCUUUUGAGGGCAGAAACGUGAUUAACACAGUGAUGCAAACGCAGACACUUCGAGGUACACAGACUAGGUUUCCUAUGUUGUUGCAGUGUGUUUUAAAAAUGUGUCAAGAUGAUUUUUUUUAACACAACAGAAACUUAUGGUGUAUUCUCAGCUUUGCCACAAGGCAAACAGCUGAGUUGUCUUGUACCUUUAGAGAGUGCUUUUUUUUUCAGUCAGCUGUCUUGACGCUAUGACUUUUCCUCUGUUGGCUCCUUGAGUACUGAGUAUUUUAACAGUCUCAGUAACGUACAGGCCAACUUAGCCAUCAGCACGUACCCUUCAUACAUCAAAUGUAUGCUGUAGCCUGUGUUCCCUCACACGUAGCUACGUACCCAUUGCUGCAGCCUACAGAAUUCCCCCUCUUUUGCCCUGACACAUUUGCCCUUAAAAACAGGAAUUGAAAACGUGCGUGUACCAGGACAAAGAUACAUGGUGUAAAUUAUAAGACACAUGAUGUACUGAACAAUCAGAUAAAGAUGCUGAAUCAGUGCCCUUCAUACUUCAACUGUAUGCUGUAGCUGCGUACCUAUUGCGGCCGCCUACAGCAUAGCCUGACAGGAACUUUCCCAAAAAAAUAACUAUGUGUUGUAGAGAUGCAGAGCACAACAGCUCUUAUUGUUCCAAUGAACAUUCCUGCCUUCUGUUUUAUUAGUAAUAUUGCAGAGGGACACAAACACAAAAAAAACACACCGACCCAAAAUUAUAACUGCUCUCACAUUGUAUUUUUUGGGCUAUCAAUGCUAGAUUUUGUGAAUUGUUGCGUAAAAAAAAAGGAAUUAUUCAUUGCCAGCUGCAUUCUAAGCUCUGCCACUAGGGGCACUACUUCCAAAGGCUGUACAGUGACGAGUUUUCGGUGACUUCCGUCAGCUGUUUCUUUCUUAAUUUGGCCAGGCUACACUGUAGAUUCUGUAUUGACUUGACGCAGAAUUGAAAAUUGGCCUAGUUGCACGUCGCAAUGCUUAUUGCUAUUUUACACCCAAUGAACAGUCUAUUUUCAUGCCUUGCGCUGUUUUAACAGCGAAGCUGAUUACGAUCAAUGUUUGCCAUAUUUCUAUGUUGGCAAUGAAAAUACAGGUGCGCCACUGACUAAUUAGAACCCUAACAGUCAACAGUCAGACGUUCAUAGCUGUCUUAGCAAGGCUGUUCUCGUAAAUGACCUGCUCGCUUCUGCUGAAAGGACAAAGGCACUGUGGCAUUAAAAUCCCAAUCCACCAAAGUCAGAGUGGCACAGUGUAUUUCACAUUACGCCCAAAGCACUCCCAUGAUUAAGCAAGAGAAACACAUAGGGCCCAAUGUGUGUCUUUAAAUUUGCAUUUGCACACUUGUGUCGAGUAUGUUUCUGGCCUAAUAUAGUAAAUUCAGGAUCUAAAGUACGUCAACAUGGCUGUUGAUCUCAGAGCAAAGUUGGGCACCAUUGUUUUACUUGGUGAAAGCUGCAUGUCUCCCUCUAAAUUGUAAUGUUGGAAAUGCAUAUGUAGGCUCACAGGCAGGCCUGUGACUAGUUUAUCUAGUUCAACUUAUCUAGAUUUGCUGUUUGCUGGACUUGGCAAACAGUAUUUCUGUCUAUAUAGAGAGCAAGCAAUGCUUAAGCAUAGCUAAUAAAAAGACAAACUUAGUUUCAGAGUUUCAGAGUGCUGAAGAAACUGUAGAAUGUAGAAUGCAAUGUAAUCAAAGAAGACUAAUCAUUUUUAUUACUAUUAUUACUAUUAUUAUUAUUGCACAUCAAAUGAAGUAGAACUAUACAGAGAUGAAACUGAAGAUAAUGUAGGAAUUCUAGUAUAAAAUGCCACUAUUUAACAUGCUUUGGAACUGAAUGCGUUUACACUGCUUAAUCUGAACCCCUGAGAGGUGGGUUAUAUUGCCAGCAUGGUACUUAUUCUGUAGUAUAGAACCGAACUGCACUGCAAGAGUUUUUAUUCCACAUUUGUGCUCUGUCUAGUUCAGCUGAUAGACCACUGUACACCUGUAGACAGUUGUCCCAGCGGAGCAUACGUCUGAUCAUAGCCUCGUUUGAACAUAUACUCCCACAUUUGAGUUUACGAGCUGCAAAUAUUUUAUGGGUUGCAUUUAAUUUAUAACGGCUUUAAAUUAUUUAACUAAAAUUUACAUCUCUAAGCUUUAAAUGUAAUUCGUAGAAAAUUAUAGAGAUGAAUGGUCAUUUUGAUCAAUUAGAAAACUUGCAGGACAACUAAAUGCCACCUUGCUUUGUGUCAGCAAAGAGUUCCCUGCAACAGGUUCACACUUUUAAUCAAUUAAACAACUAACUAAUUAUGCUGCAAUUUUUAUCAGUUAUAGCUGAAAAUAUCACAGACCUCAUAGCCUCAGAUUUACAGCAUAAUGAAAGAAAAUAAAUAUCAUUUCUUUCAUACAUUUGACUUCAGUUCUGUAACACUACAUAUAAACUGAGAGGGACAAACUAGGAAUUAACUAGGAGUAAUAGGUAGUGUUGUGGAAAUUGACAAACGACCAAGUCCAGGAUGCUAAAAGAAAAGUACUUUAUUUGUACAAAGUAUCAAGAGAAAAAGUAUAAGCAAGAAAUUAAAUUAAGAAUCAGAAAAAGAGUGAGCACGCUCUCACCUCCUCUCAAUUGGACACUUAUAUAGCUUUAAAAGGGUGAGGCAUCGCUUAUACAUGCAGUAAUCUUAAUGUCUUUAUCUGUCUGUUCGUGCAAGAUUUUACCGAAAAUGGGAAUGAUUUAAGAGCUUAAACACCCUCGUUUUGCCCUGACACAUACAGUAUUGCGCCUAAAAACAGGAAUUGAAAACUUGCAUGUACCAGGACUAAGACAAAGAUACAUGGUUUAAUUAUACGACACAUGAUGUACUGAACAUUCAGAUAAAAAAUGCUGAAUCAGUGGAUCAUUGGAUGGCACUUAUCUGUUUCUAGGCUGAAAAGGCCAGACUAGGCCUUACACAGCCUCAUUAUAAAACAUAUACAUUCACAUAAGAGAUCAGGAGUAAAACACAUAAAAGUAGGAUAAUGUAAAAAACACAAACAAGUAAUAUAAUGGAUAACAAAUGACCAAAUGGAGGAAAAUCAAUUAACCAAGAAUAAAAUACUGAUUGGACAAUCAGAAUGAUAGCAAGGAUUAAAUAACCACCAAGAAAGAAUUAAACUGCUGAUUUUUCAGCAAUUACAAUGUUGAAUAUUUUAGCGAAAACUAGCUAAGUUUUUUAUAUUAUCAGUUAAUAAAUGACCAUUUAUUUGUACAUGAGAGACCUGGUUUGAACUUUCUCUGAAUUUCAGUCACUUCAUAUCACUGAAUCAUGACUAAUGUGAUGAACAAAUUUUAAAUGAAAUAAAUUAUUGACACAGAAAAGAAAAUAACAAUGCAAUUCACUUCUCUGUUUAGCUGCAAAACAUUUCUAAAUGGCUGCCAAGAAUUUAAAUUAUAUUCUAAAGUCUAUGUCUAUGUGACAAUGUUUUGACCAACUGCACUUCAUACAGUACUAGUUAAGAUUCUGCUAAUUUUACGCUAAUUGUGUUUAAUGCUGUAAAAUUUCAUUAUAGUACAGUUCAAUUCGGUACGUCCAUUCCAACAUUUUAGACAGGUAACACAUUCCAAACAAAAAAAAAAAGGUUGAGAUGGUAAAGCAUUUACCACUCUGUAAUAUUGCCAUUCCUUCUCAAAGCACUUUGGUGAUUUGCAACAGUGAAGGCUCAUUGUUUUUUGUUUCAUAAAUCUCCACACAUUUUCUUUCAUAGAAAGGUCAGGGCUGCAGGCGAGUCAGUUCAGUACCCUUGCUUUUGUUAUGUGUGCAGCAUUCGCAUUGUCUCUUUGAAAAAUGUAUAGACAUACCUGGAAAAUGUGUUGUCUUGAAGGCAGCAUAUGUUAUUCUAAGACCUCAGUACUUUUUUACUCCCCUGUACCAUGACAGAACCCAGGUUUAGCUGAUCACAGUGUGAAUUUUCAGAAUAUCUAUUUUUUGCAUGCUGGAAUGCUGAUUCGUCUGAUCAAAACACAUGUUUAUACCGAGUGAUGUACCAUCUUACAUACCUCCUCGUUAAACUGACAAUGAAAGACCCAAAUCCCAAAAGUUUGAACUCACCCACGAAAUUUUUGAAUAAUUUGCAAAGAAUACAAAAAGUGACAAUCUGUAAGUUUUGGGAACUAGAGACGAAUUUUGAAGUAUGCCGGCAAGUACUUUAAAACAUGCAUUGAGGUUUAUUCUCCUUACAGAGAUGACACAUGUUAAUGAUGACACAUGUACUUUAGAAAUAAUAUACAGCUCUGGAAAAAAAUAAGUGGCCACUUCAGUUUCUGAAUCGGUUUCUCUGAUUUUGCUAUUUACAGGUAUUUGUUCGAGUAAAAUGAACAUUGUUGUCAUAUUCUAUACACUACAGACAUACGAACAUUUCUCCCAAAUUCCAAAUGAAAAUAUUGUCAUUUAGAGCAUUUAUUUGCAGAAAAUGAGAAAUAGCUGGAAUAACAAAAAAAAUGCAGAGCUUUCAGACCUCAGAUAAUGCAAAGAAAACAAGUUCAUAUUCAUAAAGUUUUAAGAGCUCAGAAAUCAAGAUUUGGUGAAUUAACCCUGGUUUUUAAUCACAGUUUUCAGGCAUCUUGGCAUGUUCUCCUCCACCAGCCUUACACACUGCUUUUGAAUAACUUUAUGCCAAUUCGUGGUGCAAAAAUUCAAGCAGUACAGCUUGGUUUGAUGGCUUGUGAUCAUCCAUCUUCCUCUUGAUUACAUUCCAGAGGUUUUCAAUUUGGUAAAAUAAAAAAAAUAUAUUUUUUUUCCAGAGCUGUAUUUGAUUUUGCAAGGAUGGUCGCAGAAACACAUUGAUGCAAGAAAAAAUGCAUCAAUUUAAAAGAAUUAAAAGAAAAAAAUCUUACGGACAGCUGCUUUAAUAUUACUGAAACAUGACUAAUUCGAUAGACGGACCUUGGGACAUGGAAAAACUCUGUAAUAACGGAAAAACAAAAACAAUGUAAGCAACUUCACCUCUUAAUUUAAUAACUACAUCCAACUUAUGUUCAGCUGGUGCAACAGCUUUAUGUUUUUUUGUAUUUAUUAAAUACUGAUUUAUAAGAGUGAUUGUUGUGAAGUAUUUGUAAAGCAACAAUUCAUUCUUUUUCGUUGCACAUUAGAGUGGAGCAUGCCCUGUAUGCCUUCCAUUCAGCAAUAUUCAUAAAGCGGCUCUCAUCCUCUUUGCUGCUGCAGAGAACAAAUCCUUCUUCUCCUGCGUGCAGCCAGGUGACAUUUACACAAACAUUUCACCGUGACUUUUCAGAUGAUUAUCUCAUUUAAUACCGAGAAUGUCAGUUUGCUCUACUGGUAUUAAUAAUAAUCAGAGAAAGCCUGCAUGCAGGAGAUCAAAGUGAACCUCAGUGGGAGGUUAGUGUCAACCGUAAAAGCAUAAAUAGUCAGCGCUCUCUUCCUGUAAGAUGUGUACAGUCUGGAGCUGCUGAGAUAACCCCUCAGUGGCUCACUUCAAGACAUUCAGGCAUAUCUGUGUGUGUGUACAGUAAUGGUGCAACCUGUCCAGUAUCUGUGACACUAGGGGUUUAACGGUAAAUAGAAGUCGCGGUUAGGUGAGUUUGACACAGUACGAAGCACCAACAAUCCCAAAUGCGUGUGGCGUAUGUUCUUCUUAUUUAUUAGACCUGUAAUAUAAACAGUAAUAUUGGUUACACUUUGUUUCACACAAGAGAUAAUCAAUUAACAACACAUAUAAAACAUAACCAUGUUAUUUAUGAAUUUCUUCUAUACACUGUUCUUCAGAAACCAAAAGUGUCUCAUCUAUGGUAUCACUCAAAAAAAAAAACAAUUGUGUCUUUAAAAAAGUACAUACUGUAAUUUCUAUAUAAUACAAGUGUUUUUUUUUCUGAAACACAUACGAUAAUGCAUUUACCACUUUGUGACAUUAUCAUUCAUUCUUACAAUGCUUAAAAAGACAUUUGUGCUACCGCAGAUAUCAAGUGAUAUUUUGGCUACUUUCAAAUUAAAAGCCACAUUGCUCUAAUCAGAUUUUUUGCUCAGAUCAAGUUUGGCUUGUCUCUAAAACACCUCACAUGUGCACAUUGAUACGUGUAUAAACGUUGCCUUCUUCACCAACAACAGAAAACAUUAUAUAAUAGAGAGACGACUCAUAGCUUUAUAAAGUUGAAAUGGAUGAGUUAGCAGCUCAUAUAUGGAGCAUCUUUUGCUGGAGUGGAGAAACAGUAAACAGCUGGUCUGAAGUUCAUGCUCAGGUCGAGGAGGUGAAAAAAGGUCAGGCGGUUUGCUUUUGCUGUUUUUUUGCAGCUAUAGCUGCACAGCUGCACCAAGAGACGUGUGAAUAUGAGAGAGAAGCAUGUAGCGCAUGCGUAAAAACAAAAAGACCCAUGAAUUCGGAUUUGACUGUUCACAUUCAUGUCACAUGUCCAUGGAUCGAAUACGUAUCUGAUUUAGGACCACAUAUGGAAGUGACUCUAAUCUGAUUUGUAAAAAUCCGAUUUUGCAAGUUCACACAGUCAUAAAAAAUCUGAUCUGAUCACAUUUGAGCAAAACAUCAGAUUUAAGUCACUGCAGCCUGGUAAUAUAAAUGUAGCCUUUGUUUUAUUCUUCCAGCAAACAGUAUGGGGUCUUUGUCAUAUUUUCUUAAUUCUCACACAUUCUCUGUUGAGGAGAGUAAAGGACUGCAAGCAGGUCAUUCCAGUAUCUGUACCCUCUUCUUCCGCAUUCAUGCCUUUGUAAUGUGUGCAGCAUGUGCUUAUGCAUUGUUCUGCAGAAAAAAAUGCAGGCCAUCACUUUUACACAGUAACGUUUUAGGUGGCAUUUAUGGUUUGCCAAAGCAUUGUCUGAAGCUCUAAAUUGCCCCGUAAAAACUUUUUUUCUGGAAUGUGUUGCUGGCCUGAAAUACAGGAAUGGAUGUAUAUUAACAAAUGAAAUGAAAUUGACCCCACAAAACAUGCAUUUUUGGUAGAGAGUCAUGUGAUAUGCCUAAAUUCAAGUCUUUGAGGUGAGGUUCUGUGAAAGCCAGCCAGUAAACUACUAAAAUAAACUCGACUUUGAGGGGCAACUUUCUGUAAAAACGAAAUUGUCUUAUUUCUAAAGUAUUUCAUCACUACAGGAUUGUACUGACCUUUACUGCUAGUGUUUCAGAUGUUGACUGAAUUCAGAUAUAGACUGAAACUGUGCACAUUUACAAAUGGUCAUUAAUGCCACGUUAUAACAGAGGUUUAACAAGAAACUGUUAAUCUGCAUCAGUUUAUUCUGUGGAAAUUGGAAACAUUGCAUUUUAUAACCUAAACCACUAACAGAAAAAAAGUUAGUUUGACCCAAAUAUCAGGUUUUGAGAUGUUUUGAUAUUGCAAAAUGUGUAGAAAACAUAGGGAUUGAUUUAUGUACAAACGAAACCAAAUCUGACAAACCAACUGACAAAAAAUGACAUUAUCUUUGGACAUGCAUUAGGGAUUUCUCAGCUAAAUUAACUGAACCCUGCUGCUGCAGAGGAGACACCCCAUGCCUUAAUGUAAAGUAUCUAUAUGUGACAGUAAAGGGUUCUCUUGUCACUCUGUACUGUAUGUGUUUGUACUGAAAUAUUGGGAAAACUUUGUAAGUACCAAACAUGUUGUACACUGUGUAUGUAUAUAGAUAUAUUAUAUACUGGAAUUAUUCAUGCUGUACAUGUGUGACGUAGUGUAUGUGUGUGUCAUUUUGAAUGUUUGUCAUUUAAAGAGUUGUUUGCCUUUUUUAUGUUUUUAGUUGGCUUUGUUAAAUAGCAGUUUAGAAUAAGUAAAAUGUACUGUGUCCAUGUCAUUUGAAUGUACCAUUACUGAUUGGUUGCCUUUCAAACCCUAGAAUUUAGCAUUUUUGUUACUUUAUUU